GGGGUGCCCACGACGGUUUCGGACCUGGCCUGCAGGUCGCGGUCGCUGCUCCCGGACGGCCCGCUGAGCGCGGUAAUAUCAUCUACUUGGCUCAGAAGUCAAGGCCUGCCCCAGCUGCCUGAUCUUCCCCCCUGCAAGUGCCUGUUUUUGAGAAAUGUCCGCCGACGAGACAGAAGCCACUGCCCGCGGCCAGGUGACAGCGGAGGAGCCGGCACAGCAGCCCAGUGUGGUGGACCGCGUGGCCGGCAUGCCCCUCAUCAGCUGCACCUGCGACAUGGUGUCGGCGGCCUACGCCUCCACCAAGGAGAGCCACCCCCAUGUCAAGACCGUGUGCGACGCGGCGGAGAAGGGGGUGAAGACCCUCACGGCGGCUGCCAUCAGCGGGGCCCAGCCCCUCCUCUCCAAGCUGGAGCCCCAGCUCGCGUCAGCCAGUGAGUACGCCCACCGGGGACUGGAUAAACUGGAGGAGAACCUGCCCGUCCUGCAGCACCACACGGAGAAGGUCCUGGUGGACACCAAGGAGCUCGUGUCGUCCAAGGUGGCGGGGGCCCGAGAAGCCGUGUCCCACACGGUGUCGAGCGCCAGGGACACGGUGGCCAGCCGGGUGACGGAGGCGGUGGACGUGACCCGGGGUGCCGUGCAGAGCGGCGUGGACAUGACCAAGUCCGUGGUGACCAGCGGUGUCCAGUCGGUCAUGGGCUCCCGCGUGGGCCAGAUGGUGCUGAGCGGGGUGGACGCGGUGCUGGGCAGGUCGGAGGAGUGGGUGGACAACCACCUGCCCAUGACGGACGCCGAGCUGGCCCGCCUGGCCACGUCCCUGGAGGGCUUCGACAUCGCCUCGGUGCAGCAGCAGCGGCGGGAGCAGAGCUACUUCGUGCGUCUGGGCUCCCUGUCGGAGAGGCUGCGCCAGCGGGCCUACGCGCACUCGCUGGGCAAGCUGCAGCUCACGCGCCAGAGGGCCCACGAGGCCCUGCAGCAGCUGUCGCAGGCGCUCAGCCUGAUGGAAAGUGUCAAGCAGGGAGUCGAUCAGAAGCUGGUGGAGGGGCAGGAGAAACUACACCAGAUGUGGCUUAACUGGAACAAGAACCAGCUUCCAGAUGCGGAGGAGAACCCAGCCAAGCCAGAGCAGGUGGAGUCCCGGGCGCUCGCCAUGUUCCGCGACGUCACGCAGCAGCUGGAGGCCACCUGCGCCUCGCUGGGCUCCAGCGUCCAAGGGCUGCCCAGCCACGUGAAGGACCAGGUGCAGCAGGCUCGCCGCCACGUGGGGGACCUCCAGGCCACCUUCGCCGGCGUCCACUCCUUCCAGGACCUGUCGGCCAGCGUCCUGACGCAGAGCCGCGAGCAGGUCGCCAGGGCCCGAGAAGCCCUGGACCACAUGGUGGAGUACGUGGUGCAGAACACGCCCAUCAUGUGGCUGGUGGGACCCUUUGCUCCCGGCAUCGUCGAGAAGGCCCCGGAAGAGCAGAAGUAGGAGAGACAGGAAGGGGGCUCGGGGGGCUCCCCGGGGGGCCGGCAGGCAGCCCUGACCCCUUGCCCCCCACGCCUCACUGGACACGCAUUUCUAACCGCUCAUCUCAGCUGCCACCUUGGGAAGCGGAGGUCCUCCACACUGAGCCGGUCCCUCAGCCUCUCUGGGCUCGGAGGAACAGUCACUGGGGCGAGGUUUCUGGGAAAAAAUUUUUUCUAGAAGGUUCCCCCAAAAUUUUCUUUUCCUUCCUUAAAAAUCAGGGGUACAAUUCUUAUAUCCCAGUUCCUUUUCUGCAUCAAGGCCCCCGGAUAUCAGCCUUUAGCUAGCAGGCUUGGACUUCUGGUCUGCAGAGUGGGUUCCCGGGGCCGGGGUAGAGGCUGAGGUGCCCAGAUUCAUUCUAGAACAGAAAGGGGCUCAAGCCUGCCUGGCGAGCCAUAGGUGCCAGGAGCUUCGGUGGCCUUAAUAAAUUUGACCUGCAGUUGA